CCCUGUCUGUGGAAUUCUUCCAUACUAAACUCUUCCCAGUCGGUCUGCCCUCGUACAUCACAUCGUCACCUGCAACAGCCACCAAAAUGUCAGGAGAGAUGGACAAGCCACUGAUCAGCCGCUGCCUGGUGGACAGUGACGGCAGCCUCGCGGAGGCCCCCAGCAAGGCCCCCAAAGUGGGCAUUCUGGGCAGUGGGGACUUUGCCCGCUCCCUGGCCACACGCCUUAUAGGCUCUGGCUUCAGCGUGGUGGUGGGAAGCCGUAAUCCCAAGCGCACAGCCGGGCUGUUCCCCUCCUCAGCCCAGGUGACUCUGAGGGAGGAGGCGGUGAGCUCCCCAGAAGUCAUCUUCGUGGCUGUGUUCCGGGAGCACUACUCCUCGCUGUGUGAUCUCAGUGACCAGUUAGCCGGCAAGAUCCUGGUGGACGUGAGCAAUCCCACGGAGCAGGAGCACCUCCAGCAUCGUGAGUCCAACGCCGAAUACCUGGCCUCUCUCUUCCCCACCUGCACGGUGGUCAAGGCCUUCAACGUCAUCUCCGCCUGGACCCUGCAGGCUGGCCCGAGGGAUGGGAACAGGCAGGUGCCCAUCUGUAGUGACCAGCCAGAAGCCAAACGUACCAUCUCAGAGAUGGUGCACGCCAUGGGCUUCAUGCCUGUGGACAUGGGAUCCCUGGCAUCAGCCCGGGAGGUAGAGGCCAUGCCCUUGCGCCUCCUCCCAAGCUGGAAGGUGCCCACCCUCCUGGCCCUGGGGCUCUUUGUCUGCUUCUAUGCCUACAACUUCGUCCGCGACGUGCUGCACCCCUAUGUGCAAAAGGGCAAGAACAAGUUCUACAAGCUGCCCGUGUCUGUGGUCAACACCACGCUGCCCUGUGUGGCCUACGUGCUCUUGUCCCUGGUCUACCUGCCUGGCGUGCUGGCAGCCGCUCUGCAGCUGCGACGAGGCACCAAAUACCGCCGCUUCCCCGACUGGUUGGACCACUGGCUGCAGCACCGCAAGCAGAUUGGGCUGCUCAGCUUCUACUGCGCGGCUCUGCACGCCGUCUACAGCUUCUGCCUGCCUCUGCUGCGCUCCUCCCGCUACGAGCUGGUCAACCUGGCUGUCGAGCAGGUAGCCAACAAGAGCCACCUCUGGGUGGAGGAGGAAGUCUGGCGAAUGGAGAUAUACGUCUCCCUGGGAGUGCUGGCCCUCGGCACGCUGUCCCUGCUGGCCGUCACCUCUCUGCCGUCCAUCGCGAACUCGCUCAACUGGAGGGAGUUCAGCUUUGUACAGUCCACGCUGGGCUUCGUGGCCCUGGUGCUGACCACACUGCACACACUCACCUACGGCUGGACCCGCGCCUUCGAGGAGAACCGCUACAAGUUCUACCUGCCGCCCACCUUCACACUCACGCUGCUGGUCCCCUGCGUCAUCAUCCUGGCCAAAGGCCUCUUCCUCCUCCCCUGUUUCAGCCGAAGACUUGCCAAGAUCCGCAGGGGCUGGGAGAAGGAUGGCGCCAUCAAGUUUGUGCUACCCACAGACACAUCCUGGUGGAGAAGACGAGCCACGUGUGAGGUGCCUGCUUCAGCUCCAGAGGUGCGGGCGGGUCGGCAGCCUGAGCCCUGUUCGGGUUUUCUUUUCUGGAUGGAGCAAUGUGGAGUGUCCACGCACAAAGCGGUGGUUUGAGGUUGGAAUUCCUGGGAUGCAACUGUGUGCAGUAAUAUUCAGAAUGACGCACGUGUGCGCGUCAUAG